CAUCACCUCUCUUCUUAUCUUCUAACCAAACCUCCCUCUGUUAGUGCCAAAACUUUCAUCAAUAUUUUCAUACUAUAUAUAUAUAUAUAUAUUAUUAUGACCAAGUCCCAGCUACAUAUAUAGUAUAUAUAUCUACAUAUCUUUUCUUGGAUCUCACAAAUUAAUUAUUGGUCUUCAAGUUAGUACAGAAAAUAAAUAGUUCUAAAAGAAUUUCUGCUUGUUGACGUUAUAUAUAUAUAUAUAUCUAUCUAUCCUUGUAUGGUAUUUGCAUAUAUAUAUAUAUAUAUAUAUAUAGUAUUGGUGAAGAGUGAUGUGGAGGUUGAAAAUUGCAAAGGGUGAAAAAGAACCCUACUUGUAUAGCGUCAACAACUUCGUGGGAAGACAAACAUGGGAGUUCGAUCCUAACGCUGGCACGCCUCAAGAGCGACAAGAGGUCGACCAAGCUCGUCAAAAUUUUUACAACAAUCGAUUUUACCGCAAGCCCAGUGCUGAUCUUCUGUGGCGCAUGCAGUUCUUGAGGGAGAAAAAUUUCGAGCAAAAAAUUCCUCAGGUGAAAGUUGAGGAUGGAGGAGAAAUUACAGAGGAAACAGUGACAACAACUUUGAGGAGGGCUGUUCAUUUCUUCUCAGCCUUGCAAGCAAGCGAUGGCCAUUGGCCUGCUGAGAGUGCUGGCGCAUUGUUUUUUCUCCCACCUCUGGUGAUGUCUCUAUAUAUUACUGGGCAUCUUGAUACUGUGUUCUCUCCUGAACAUCGUAAAGAAAUUUUUCGUUAUAUUUACAAUCAUCAGAACAAAGAUGGUGGAUGGGGAUUACACAUAGAAGGGCAUAGCAUCAUGUUCAGCACAGUCCUCAACUACGUAUGCAUGCGUAUUCUUGGAGAAAGAAGAGAUGGUGGAGAAGACGAUGCAUGUAGUAGAGCUCGUAGUUGGAUUCUUGAUCACGGCAGUGCAACUCAUAUACCAUCUUGGGGAAAGACUUGGCUUUCGAUACUCGGUGUAUUUGAUUGGAGUGGGUGCAAUCCAAUGCCGCCCGAAUUUUGGCUCCUUCCAUCUUUUCUUCCUGUCCAUCCAGCUAAAAUGUGGUGCUAUUGUCGGCUGGUAUAUAUGCCCAUGUCAUAUCUAUAUGGAAAAAGGUUUGUUGGUUCUAUAACUCCUCUUAUUCUAGAGUUAAGAGAGGAGCUCUACUGCCAGCCUUAUCAUCAAAUUAAUUGGAGGAGAGCACGUCAUUUGUGUGCCAAGGAAGAUGUAUAUUAUCCUCAUCCUUUACUACAAGACUUGAUUUGGGACACUUUUUAUUUUUUUAGCGAGCCUUUUUUUACCCGUUGGCCUCUAAGUAAACUAAUAAGAAAAAAAGCUCUUCAAGUUACCAUGAAACACAUUCACUAUGAAGAUGAAAACAGUCGAUACAUCACCAUCGGCUGUGUUGAAAAGGUUUUAUGCAUGCUUGCUUGUUGGGUUGAAGAUCCACUUGGAGAUUAUUUUAAGAAACAUCUUGCAAGAAUCCCUGAUUAUUUAUGGGUAGCUGAGGAUGGAAUGAAGAUGCAGGGCAUUGAGAGCCAAUCAUGGGAUGCUGGUUUAUCUAUGCAAGCUUUGCUUGCAAGUAAUUUGGAACAUGAAAUUCCGGAUAUAAUCAAGAGAGGAUAUGAUUUUUUAAAAAAAUCUCAGGUGAAAGAAAAUCCUUUGGGCGAUUUUAAGAAUAUGUAUCGUCAUAUUUCUAAAGGAUCAUGGACAUUUUCUGAUCAAGAUCAUGGUUGGCAAGUUUCUGAUUGCACUGCAGAGGCCUUAACAGUAAGCUACUAA